AUGUAAAAAUAAUUGAAUUAAAAAGUUGAGAUCAAAAUAAGAGUUGAUAGCCUCCCCUCGAUAGAAGCAAUCUCAAGCACAAAGUCUAAAACCUAAUUAAAAAAAAUAUUUAGACACUCAGAACUUCCAUAGGUUCCUUUUCAACCAAUUUUAGAUUCUACUGGAUAAUAAAGAAAAUUAACAAUAGAUCACUCCGACCAAGUAGCUGAGUCAAAAUAAAUAAUCUCAACUACUAGAAAAUCUCCUAAAUUAUCAAAAUAUUAAUCUCCCUAAUUCUUUUCAAGAAAAAUGCAGUUUAGAAAUAAUUCCUUAAUUAAUUUAAACUUGGAAGUAGUUAUACAAAUAAAGGAAACUCCUUUCAAAGAUACUACUUUAUUUUAGAUAGUUAAUAAAAUAAGUCAAAAAAUGAAUUAGUUACAUGAGUAUAAGAAUGAGAAGGCAAUUCUUUCGGCAGCUGAUAAAUUAAUUAAAUCUCACAUACGAUUUUAAGAAAUAGAAUGGAUUUUCAAGAAUUUCAAACUAAAAGAUUGGUAAUCUGUGGAUACAAUUUUUGUUCGAAUACUUCAAAAUUUUACGAUCAAUAAUGACAAUAAAUUAAUUUAAAAAAAAAAUAAACCAGAUUAAUUCUUCUUAUAAGUUCUUCAUGAUUUUUUAGAUAAAUUAGAAGAUCUAUUCAAAAAAUUAUGUGAUGAUUCUUAUCGUUUGUUAGAAUAAACUAUACUAAAUUAAAAAUAAAAAUUACUAAGUAUUUUUUCAUAAUAAUUCUUAAGAUAAGGAAGUUGAGGUGAUGGAACAAUUUUCAAAAUUAGGUAAAAAGGAGAAUUAUAACCAAUUUAAAACAAUUGUGAAUGAUUCUUAUAAAAUGAACACUAGACUGAUGGAGAGUACAAUAAUGAAAUAAUUGAAUGAAUUUGAAGAUAGAUUUGGAAUGUUCAAAUAAAUAGAAAAUAGUAACAGAUUCAUUUCUAACAGAAUAAACGAUUUAGUUUAUGAUAUUAAAACUGUAAAUAUUGUUUGA